AUGAUGCUAUUCAAGGACCCAAUCAGCAAUUGCCAAUUGUAUUUAAUUACCUACAAAGUAGGCUUGUUCCAAAGAAGACACUACUUCUUCUUGCAUUCAGAGUGUAUACCAGGGAAGUAUGGCGACGUCUGCGACCGAGAUUGUCCUAUCAACUGUAAGGGGGUCUGCCAUAAGAACUCUGGUUUCUGUAGAGAUUGCGUCUUUGGAAAGUGGGGAGAUACCUGCACUCAGGAUUGUUCUAGGAUCUGCCAAGGUUGUUAUCAGAGUGGAUCUUGCAAAGACUGUAGUCGUGGUAGAUAUGAACAAUCUUGUGAACUGUUUUGCCCUACACACUGUACUAACGACGGGUGUGAGAGAGAAACCGGAUCGUGUUUCGAUUGUGAACCUGGAAAACACGGUGUGAAAUGUGACUUGGAUUGCUCGUCAACAUGUAAAGACCUCCUCUGUGAGAAAGACACAGGGUUCUGUUCAGAAUGUACAGACGGAAUGCAUGGAUACCAGUGCAACAAGACGUGUCCUGAUGGAUGUGGCUCAAACAAAUGUAGACGCCAUGACGGGGCUUGUGAAGGCAGGACUCAUGAAGAAACAGACGAAAACAAUAACAUUACAGCUAUAGCUGCCCUUACAACCGUUGCCACAGUCUGUCUGGUGGCAGCUGUCAUCUCUGUUGUCUGUAUUUUCGUUAUUAUUAAUGUUUUUAAUCCCCUGAUUGAAGGCUCGUUACCGCCAACUCCAGGAUAA